UGACGCAGGAAGCCGGAAGCGCAGCAACAUCCACAGCAGCACUAGAGUGAAACUGCAGACAGCUCGACCUGAACCCCCGUACCAAGACUGAGAAUAAACCAACCAGACAUCAUGUUUUGGAGGCUUUUCUUCGUGACAAUAUUACUAGCCCUCUUCGGAUCGUUGACAAGCCAGGGAUUUACGCAGGAUGAAGACUGUGGUUCAUUGAAAUCCUGUGAAGCAUGUGGAAAUGUGACUCACUGCCAGUGGAUGCAGUGUCAAGAUGAGCCAAAGUUUUUAUGUUUUAAUGGCAGUGCUGAGAACCAAACGCAAACCAGCUGCUCCAGUGUGAACUGCACAACAGACCCGAGCCCAAGCCCGAGCCCGAGCCCGACCCCGUCAGUGAGCCCCACCACAAAUGCUACCACCAAUGCUUCCACAACAGGCCCGACCACAGCAGUUGUUCCGACUGGAAACAGCACCGUCACAAAUGUCACGUCCAUGUCUUCUACUGCUGCUCCUACUCCAUCACCUUCUCCAUCUAAAUCAUCCACAUUUGAUGCCGCCAGUUUCAUCGGUGGAAUUGUGUUAGUCCUUGGCCUUCAAGCAGUCAUCUUUUUCCUUUACAAGUUCUGCAGAUCCAAGGAUCGCAACUACCACACCCUGUAACACGCUGUCCCCUGGAGGCAACACAAAACCCACACUCCGACCCAAAAAAGAGAGACAGACACAUCGUACUUACAAUACUCUCGUAAUUCCCCAUGUUUAACCUAACAUUUGACAUUUAAUUCCUGUGACUUGAGCUUUGUUUUGUUAAUGUUAAAGCGCUCACAAAUACUCGAGUUCAUUAACACAAAUAUACCCAACACAGAGUAAAUAUGCAUUGUGGGGUAUGCGAAAUGUGUCCUGCUUUCAAGUACAACCACAGCUGUCCCGUAAAUGUUUCAUUAUAUGACAACACAGCUAUUUGUCUCCUCAAUAUCAUUGUGGUUCCCUUGAAAGGCAAUCAUGCCUGUGACAAUACUUCCCGACUUCCAGUGUUAAUUUCAGGUAACUUUACUAGAACAGUAUUUUAUAUAGUUGCCAUGACUAUAUAAUAUAUAUAUAGUUCUAGACUCGAUUUUCCCCAUUCAUUUCAAUUGUUUUUAUGCCUAUUCGUAUUAAUUGCGCCAACCAAGAAAGCCAAAAUGUUGCAAUAAAUUACAUUCCUCAGCUUAGUCCCUCACUGUUAACCAUCUACAGUUAGAGAACAUCAGUUCUUUAAAACUAGUUAAAUCCGUCAUCUCGCUCCCUUUUCUCCCUCAAAUGUGUCAGUGGAGUGUGGGGUAAUAUCAGAGAUGCAUUAUAUACCCAUAGUUAGCAUCCUGUCAUUCUGUCAGACUUGCCAGCAUUUCGGCCAUCUUAAGUUAUACUUUUGGGAGUUUAUGUGGAUUUGAAACAAUAGAAGCUCAGCCAAUCCAAUUCCACUAACACCCAAAAUGAGUCUUCAUUAGAAUUAGUCGAUUCUGCCGGACAUGCGAAUAGAACGGGGCACUAUGAGAGUGGAGGAUCCAUGAUCCCUUUCAGAAUGAUUGACAGUCAAAGUGCCUUUAGUUGGAGUUAGUGGCUUGCUGCCUUAAAAGUGAGCCUUAAGAGUGUGAAUGUGUUUGUGUUGGGCCUCGGUCGAGUCCAGGCUCUGUGUAAGUGUGUGUGCCUGUUUGUCCAUGGGUUUCUAGACACGCAUGCGUGCUUGUGUCGAUGAUGUAGAUCUAGUGUCUGCCAGCUGGACUGAUCGCUAUAUAUUACAGAGUAGAUAAUUAAAAGUUAAUUCAUUUGUUGGAUAAUAUGUCAUGGUUCCUAAAAGCUUCUCUCAGUUUUGGAAGUUUAUUUUUUGCUAGC